UAAGGAACAGAUUCACACACAGGAUGGUUGAAAAAGUUUAUACUGUGAUGCGGCUGCUGCUUUUAUCUUUGAUCAGAACAGGUGUAACUGGGGACGAAGGUGUAAUAUUUGCAGAAAGGUGUUAUAAUAUUUCAGUUCCAUGUGCUAAAGAUUUGAUCUGCUUUCAUGUAUGGCAUUUCAACACAAAGCAAGCAAGUGAUUACAUUGCUAUAGUAACUAACAGGGCGAUCCAGACAUCCAGAUCACAGGAUGACGAUUCAAAAUGCACUCUGCAAAUCAAAGAUCUCACAGCUGGACAUCACCGUUGCCAGCAGAGGCCAGGUGUCUCCUCUCCUCACAACAUUACCCCAGAGUUCAUCCUCAUGCCUGGUGAAACAGUGUCACUACAGUGUUUUCUUUUCAGCCACUUGGAGCAGAGACACUGCUGUGCACAGCAGCAAAAACAGAUCAGUCUGAUGUGGGUGGAUGAAACUGGUGCUCAGAUACAAGAGGACUUUCAGAAUCGGAUUAAGCAGCAGACUGUUUGUGAUAUAACUCUGACCUUCACUCUUCAAAGCCCUGAAAGCAAGACGUUCAGGUGCCGGGUGACUGUAGAUGACCAAGUCCAGUCAUCAGUGAAGCUGCAAGUCAGAGUGCUAGCUCUGAAAGGGAGAGGAAGAGGAUUCAUCGGAGAUCCGGAACCUCAACCACAAGGCCACAAACAGGGCGCAAUUGGGGCUGCUGUGGGGGUGGUGGGAUGUGCAAUACUGACAGUGCUGGUUGCGGCAUUUGUCGUAAGCAGAAGAAAAGCGAGAAUCCAGCUGCCUAAUGAGUCACCUAACACAAUCAGUUCUACCACUGUUAUGAAUGCAAAUGAUGUGAUCUAUGCAGACAUUAUUCUCCCUGCUGGCUCGGAUGCACUGUGGGUUCAAGAGUGUGAGUCCACAGAAUAUGCCUGUGUCAAAUACAAAUAGUGUGCCUUACAAAAUGUAAACUUUACUGUUGCCAUGUAUUUGAUGCCCCCAAAUUUCCCAGCAUUUAUUUUCUGUACUGUAAAUAUUG